AACCAGCCUGGACCACUGAGCAGCGCAAGAUGCCGAAGCCCAGCCUUUUACUGCUCGCACUGUUACUAGCCCAGGGGUUCUGCCAGGAGCCCACCGGUGGCAGCGCCUACUGGUACCGAAGCUGCAAGGACAUCAAAGAGUUAAACAAGGACGUGAAGGAUGGGAUAUACGCCCUCGUCACCAACGACAAUGAGAUGUACCACACCUUCUGCGACAUGACGACCAACGGCGGGGGCUGGACGCUAGUGGCCAGCAUCCACGAGAACAAUAUGUACGGGAAGUGCACGGUCGGGGACCGCUGGUCGAGCCAGCAGGGGAACUCCAUUAAUUACCCAGAGGGAGACGGCAACUGGGCAAACUACGCCACCUUCGGACAAGCGUCAGGAGCUACCAGCGACGACUACAAGAACCCAGGUUAUUAUGACAUCCCGGCCAAAGACUUGAGCCUGUGGCACGUGCCCAACCUGACCCCGCUUUCAAAGUGGAAAGAAGCAGCUCUGCUGAGAUAUCGCACGGAAAAUGGUUUCUUAUCCACCGAAGGAGGGAACCUCUUCCAUCUGUAUAAGAAAUACCCAGUGAAGUACAACACCGGCAGCUGCUUGACCAACAACGGACCUGCUGUGCCAGUCGUGUACGACGUUGGAAACGCAGAGAAGACGGCCAACUACUACUCCCCCAAUGGAAAAAAUGAGUUUACUGCCGGAUACGUCCAGUUCCGAGUUUUUAACACCGAAAGGACCGCGCAGGCUCUGUGUCCAGGGAUGAAAGUGACCGGGUGCAAUACUGAACACCACUGCAUCGGAGGAACCUUCUUCCCGGAGGGGAACCCCAUCCAGUGCGGGGACUUCGCCUCCUACGACUGGAACGGGUACGGGACGCGAAUCGGCUGGAGCUCCAGCAAGGAGAUAACCGAGUCGGCGGUGCUCCUUUUCUACCGCUAACUCGGACGCGACCAGGAGCUUCGGGCUCUUUGUGUAAUAAAAGGAAACGUUGAGAACUAUC